CUUGCAACUCAAGAGAUCAUUGUAUUUCUACGAUGCACUUCUCCACAAUACUCCUCGGCGCCUUCGCAUUCGCAUCUGCCAUUGUAGCUUCUGAGCUUCUCAAGUAAGUCAGCCCCCUUCGAGAUCGCAUCGGACCAUACCGUGUCGGCAGAAGAAGUCAAUCGACAGCAAAACGCUAUGCACGACAAAUACUGCAAAUGAAUGCUAACGUUCACCAGCGAGGUGGGCUACGUUACCGACAGCGAGGGCAAGGUUUACCAACUCGAUAUCACCGGUCACAACAACGUUCGCGUCAUCAGCUCCGAGAGAAAUGAUGGCUACUACAUCCAACCUACAAGCUAUCAUGUAGAGUCUGCGCACGCUUGUAACUUCUACAGCGAGGCGACGCGUGGUGUUGGAUAUCUCAUCGGCGAGUUUCCGGGUCCUGUCGAGGCCGACUUCAGUAGCAAUAUCUGGGCGGCAUUUUAUGAGUGUUGGAAUGAGGAUCUCGAGCCCACGUCUCCUCCUGGUGUACCGGUUCGACGGGGUAGAGUUUUUGUGGAACCAGGUAGUCUUUAGUUGCAGUACGAGGGACGCGAACGUUGUCGAUUUUGCAACUACCAGAGGUGCAUACUAGAAGCCUUCACUGUAUCCAGUUUCGACGUAUGAUGAUGUGAGCGAAAGCGCAUAUUUUUGCAGUACAUGUUAAGCACGACGUGAAUAGAUAAGUCUGUAGUCC